CCAAUUCCAGGAGGCGCUGCGGUUUCAAGAUGGCCGCCAGCCAUUGCAAGUCGUGAUUUGAGAUCGGCGUGCCGGCAUGUGCUGCGACUCAAUUUUCCUUUACUCGAACUCACGAACCACGUUAGAAAUAUACAGCGACGAUGAGGUGAGCCCUGAGAGCUACCCUGGGAGCCAUGUUGGUGCUCCCAACAAGUUUGAUGCGGGCUCACAUCAUCAAGACCAAGGGCCGGCUCAGUUACAUCAAGAAGGUCCACUGCCUACAGCCUUGGCAGGGUCAUGCGACCACCUCUGCUCCAAAGGUGGCUGUGGACGAAGCACCUCACAAGCCCGUUCGAGAGCGUAAUGAAUCCCCCGACGGUCCUCCGCUGCUCUUCCUGGCACGGUCGGGACAGGUCAUCGACCUCGGCGAGGUUCCGACGUCGGUGCUCCACAUGUCCAAUGGUGGGCCGCUCGUGGAUCUGGGAGAAAAGUUCACCGCUCCGGCCACCGCCGCCUCACCCCCACUCAACUGGCACCGGAGAAGGGCAGAGCUGUCCAAGCUGCCGCACUACUACAUGGCACUCAGCAAGAUGCGUCUCACCGGGCUGGUGGUGACGACAACACUGGCUGGCUACGCCAUUGCGCCUGGCGUCUUCGACCCGGGGGUGCUAGCCCUCACCAUGCUGGGCACUGGCCUCACUUCCUGUGCAGCCAAUGCCCUGAACCAGUUCCUGGAAAUUCCGUACGACUCCCAGAUGAACCGGACGAAGAACCGGGUUCUGGUGCGAGGAGUGCUCAGCCCCUUGCACGCGGUGGCGUUUGCUGCCGCCUCCGGGACCCUGGGUCUGAGUCUGCUGGCCUUCGGGGUGAACCCCGCGACGGCCUGGCUGGGGGCAGCCAACCUGGGCCUGUACGUGGGCUGCUACACGCCCCUCAAGCGCUGCUCCAUUGUCAACACCUGGCUGGGCUCCCUGGUUGGGGCCAUACCCCCCAUGAUGGGCUGGGCCGCCGCCACGGGCUCCCUCAACCACCCAGGGGUCUGGGUGCUCGGAGCGCUGCUCUACUCGUGGCAGUUCCCGCACUUCAACGCCCUCUCGUGGAACCUCCGGCCGGACUACUCGCGCGCAGGCUACCGCAUGAUGUCCGUCACCCACCCGGAGCUGUGCCGCGCCGUGGCGCUCCGCCACAGCGUGGCGCUCUUGCUCCUCUGCUCGGUGGCCGCCCCCUUGGCGGACCUCACGACGUGGACGUUCGCCGUGGACACCCUGCCACUCAAUGCGUACCUGCUCUUCCGCGCAUGGAGGUUCUACCGCGAACCGGACAGCGCGACCUCGCGCACUCUCUUCCGCCUUAGCCUCGUGUACUUGCCGUUGCUCAUGCUGCUCAUGUUUCUGAGCAAGAGGCGGCGGAAGACAGAAGGUACCGAGCAGACGGACGUCUGACGGCUGCCUGAAGGGGGGGAUGUAUAUUAGAAGGUGUACAUAGCGUUGUUGAUGUCACGAAUCAGAGUGUCUCACUUCGAUGCACGGCAGUGUACUUUGCCACGAGACGAAGGGCUGGGAAUAAAACGGGGCAGUCUUUCAAGAAAGUAGGUUGUGAUCGGAGCCGUUUUGCAUUUAGCCUCUUCGAUGGAGGGCUUAAGUUUACCGUAUUUUCCUAACUAUAGUUUGUCCCCGGUGUAUUGCCUGCAGGGGUAAAUUUCGACUGAGAAAGGAAAUGUUUUUCUUUGAAAAGUUUGCAACCAGUGCAUAGUUUGCACUGUAUUUUGUAUGUUAAACAAAUUCUUCUACACGUCACACCUUUGUUGUAUUUAUUGUUUUGCGGGUUUGCUGCAUAGGGUGUAGAGAUAAAGGCAUGGUGCCUGAAGAAGCCUCUGACCCCUUAAGUUCAGCAGCUCAAUAUAGUUAUGUAAUAACACUUCUACAAAAACAUUACACAAUUUUAAAAAACAAAAGUCAAAGUAACAAAAGAAAAUUGACACUACAUUCAUUUGGUAAAAGAAUCCUAUAAACAUUGGUAAAUGUGUGAAAAACCAAAAAUAAGAAAAAUAGAAUGCAUUCUUAUUUAUCCGACAUCUGGGUCACAGCAACAAAUUCAGAUGGCAUUACAAUGAAAGCUUGAAAUUAGCUAUACAUAUAGUGAGGUUCUUAAUGCACUGCCAACCAAGAACCUUCUGCAAUCAAUUUUAAAACUAGAAAACACAUUAUUAAAGUUAAUGUUUAUGCAUCCAUUCUAUUUUGAGUUUCAGUUGUUUGGAAAGUUAAGUUUGUCGGCCAUAGUUGGUUCUUAUGGCCCGCAUCUUUUGUUUUGGGUUUCUCAUAGCAUAUGCACGUGGGCUGUCUGUUGGUGCGGUGUAAAGUCUAUUUUUAUGUAUCGGUUGUAAAAGUCUGAAGUAAUAUACUUGGUCUGCCUUAAGCAUAUUAUAUUUGAUGACGAGCGCCUAUGUGCUUAAAUUUCUGGUAUCCCCUUUUUAAUUUUCACGUUCGUAAGAUUUUUUUUCUGCAAAAAGGUAGGUUUAUUAUAGCUUGCCACUCGUCGUUCACCAAGCCAAAAUACCGUAACUAAUUUUGGGGUAACAUAAGGAAUAAAAUAAUGGGUAUUCUAACCAGGUGGGCACCUAGUUUUGUAUUCCAUAAUUGCUUCCUUGAAAACUUGAAUAAUGCCUGGUUUAUUGGUGCAGAAGGAUGUCUUAUGACAGAGAAAUCAUUGUGGACAUAACUGUAAUUCACAGAAUCCAUCAAUCAAUCAACAGUUUUGAAAGAAGGAAAAAAAUGUUUUUUGUAUAAUUUGCAUUUGUGAGUAGUCCGCACUGCAGACAAUUGCAUCUUUUAGACAUGUAUAGCCUUAGGACUCUGGUCUGGAAAAUGCGGUAACUUGCUUGCAUUCUUGGAGGCACUCAGUGUUUUUAGAACGGCUGCAUCUUUACGAGGUCCGGUCACUAUUUAUUUGUUUUCUUGUUUUUGAAAAGUGUGCCCAUUUUAUUUGCAGCCCUUUGAAUUGAGAGAAUGGUCACGGUUAAGCCCACUUAGGACGAACUCGGCACUCUGGCAAGGAGUGCUUAGUAUGUGUGGACUGGUUGAAAAAAUAAAUAAAUAAAUAAAUAAAAAUGAUCAAGCCAGUUUGCACAA